AUGUCUAAUAAGAAAAAGAUCGUAGAUUAUGAAAUUGCUAUGCUAACCGCUGAGUGUAAUGUUAUAAUCCAAAACAACAUGCCUCCUAAACUAAAAGACCCUGGUAUUUUUUCCAUACCAUGUGUAAUUAGAAAUUUUGUCAUAGACAAAUCCCUAUGUGAUUCAAGAGCAAGUGUUAGUUUAAUGCCCUUAUCCAUUUGCGAAAAACUCAAACUAGGUGAACUAAGACCAACAAAAAUGUCUUUGCAACUAGCUGACCGUUCCGUUAAGUUUCCCGUAGGUAUGCUUGAAAAUGUUCCUGUCUGCAUAGGAAAAUUCUAUAUUCCUACCGACAUCAUAAUAACGGAUAUUAUGGAAUACUCCAACAUCCCUAUUAUUUUAGGUAGUCCAUUCUUGGCCACCGCUGGAGCCAUUAUAGACGUGAAGAAAUGA